AUGUUGGAUAUUUUAGAUAAUAAUACAAACAAUAAAAUGGUAAAUAAAAUUGAAAAUAACACAUGUAAUAUUGGUAAUAAUACUAAUAAUAAUAAUAUUGAAGAAAUCGAAAAACAUGUUAAAAGAACAUGGGAAGAUUUAAAAAAUAUUAUUAAAGAAGGCAGAUUAGAAAUUUUAGGAAGAAAAAAUAAAGAUCAACUCGAUAUGGAAAGACAUAUGAGCAAGGUUAAAUCUGAAUUUAAUUCAGCUAAAGAUUAUAUAGAUUUCAAAGUAUUCCAAUUCCCAACAGAAUUGAAAGCUUUUGAAAAUGAAGAAACAGGUUUGGUAUAUCAAAGAAGAGUAUCAGUUAGACCAAAUAAUAUUGAACAAAGAUUAGUUAUCAGACCAAACGAUUUCCCAUACCAUUGUGAUGCAGAUAUUUCACAUUGGGUACUUUGGUGUUUAAAACCAUUAACUUUUGAAGAGGCUAAAGAGUUCAUUUCAAAAAUCUUCAAAAGAGAAUAUGCCAACGAUAAUGAUGGUUUCAUCUUCUUUGUUAACCCAGAGCACUUGCAGAGUAUCAAAGAUAUAUUCCAUUACCACGUAUUCAUAAGAAAUAUAGACUACGACAUCAUGGAAUACAUGGACUAA